GGGCCAUUUGGAUCGCAGGGAUCCCUUUAAGGAGAAGGUAGCCUCCGCAGAGAGGGCGCGGCUCUUGCGGCUGGGAGGAGAACUUCUUUGGGUGAAGUGAUUCCUUCCAACAGAAAUGGAGAACUGGGUCCGAGAGCGUGGCCCAGAAAUUUGCGCACAGGUCGUGGCCUUGGCGGAGGAUUUCCUGCUGAGGCAGAGGGAGACCGGGAGAUGGGAGCAGCAGAUGGUGGCCGCAAAUCUUUCUGAUGCGGAGCAGCCUUCGUCGGACGCUGAGCAGGAGCAGAGCUUUAAGCAGGAGGAAGAUGAGGAGACAGCCUCACUUGCAGGGGAUGGGCAGGUGAGUGAUGAGGAGGAAGAGGAGGAGGAGGAGGAAGAAGACACCCUUCAGCUGGAAGAUUCUGAGCCAGAAGGGGAAUCCUUGAGAGGAGACAGCACCUGGAACAUUUCCCAGUUCCAUGAGAUGGGAGAAACGUCUGGCAGUCACCAGAGCCCAGACAGGAGGGGCGAGGGAAAAUACCCAGAGAAAAGGACAGAUAUCCCCACCCCUCCUUACGACAAAGGCCACUGGGAUAUGAAAGAGCCCAGGAUCCGAGCCAGGAUCUACAACUACGGCGGGCUGAAGAUGUGCAUGGACUGUGGGAAGACCUUCAAGCAGAGCUCCAGCCUGUACAGGCACCGGAGACUCCACACCGGAGAGAAGCCGUACGGCUGUCCCGAGUGCGGCAAGACCUUCAGCCGGAAGUCGCACCUGAUCGCGCACGAGCGGACCCACACGGGGGAGAAGCCCUACGACUGCGCCGAGUGCGGCAAGAGCUUCAGCCGGAAGUCGCACCUCACCACGCACGAGAGGAUUCACACGGGGGAGAAGCCCUACAAAUGCGGGGAGUGCGGGAAGUGUUUCAGCCAGAGUUCGGCCCUGGUGGCGCAUGAGAGGUCCCACACGGGCGAGAAGCCGUUCGCUUGCCCCGAUUGCGGGAAGAACUUCCACCGGCGGUCAGGGCUUUCGGCGCACGAGAGGACUCACACGGGAGAGAAGCCAUAUCGAUGUACAGAGUGCGGGAAGAGUUUCAGCCAGAGCUCGGGCCUUUUGGCCCACGAGAGGACUCAUACGGGAGAGAAACCAUACCGUUGCACCGAGUGCGGGAAAAGUUUCUGUGAGCGCACGGCCCUGGUUAGACAUUUGAGAACCCACACAGGGGAGAAACCGUACAAGUGUGCGGAGUGCGGGAAGAGUUUCAGCCAGAGCUCGGGUCUUUUGGCACAUGAGCGCACCCACACUGGGGAGAAACCGUACAAAUGCACAGAUUGUGGGAAAAGCUUUGGGCACCGCUCCGACCUUCUCCGACAUCAGAGAAUCCUUAAAAGAGGGAAGCCGUACAAAUGCUCAGAGUGCGGGAAAUGUUUUGGCCGGGGCUCGGAUCUCCUUCAGCAUCAGCAGAUCCACACGGGGGAGAAACCGUAUAAAUGCUCCUACUGUGGGAAGUGUUUCAGUUGGCGGUCGAACCUUAUUAAGCAUGAGAGAAUUCACACCAGGGUGAAAACAUAUAAAUGUGCAGUCUGAGCCUGAAAGCUCCCUUCUUCAAAUUUCAGAGAUUCCACGCAGC